AUGAGUCGCCAGUUCACCUGCAAGUCGGGAGCUGCCAAGGGAGGCUUCAGUGGCUGCUCAGCAGUGCUCUCCGGGGGCAGCUCGUCCUCCUAUCGGGCAGGGGGCAAAGGGCUCAGCGGGGGCUUCAGUAGUCGGAGUCUCUACAACCUGGGGGGCACCCGGACCAUCUCCUUCAACUUGGCCAGUGGCAGUGGGCGGGCAGGGAGCUAUGGGUUUGGCCGGGGCCGGGCCAGUGGCUUUGCUGGCAGCAUGUUUGGCAGUGUGGCCCUGGGGCCCACGUCCUUGACCGUGUGCCCACCUGGAGGCAUCCACCAGGUCACUGUCAACAAGAGCCUCCUGGCGCCUCUCAAUGUGGAGCUGGACCCUGAGAUUCAGAAGGUGCGCGCCCAGGAGCGGGAGCAGAUCAAGGCGCUGAACAACAAGUUCGCUUCCUUCAUCGACAAGGUGAGGUUCCUGGAGCAGCAGAACCAGGUGCUGGAGACCAAGUGGGAGCUGCUGCAGCAGCUGGACCUGAACAACUGCAAGAAAAACCUGGAGCCCAUCCUCGAGGGCUACAUCAGCAACCUGAUCCCCGAGGCCUACAGCAGCAACCGGCGGAAGCAGCUGGAGACACUGUCUGGGGACAGGGUGAGGCUGGACUCGGAGCUGCGGAGUGUGCGAGACGUGGUGGAGGACUACAAGAAAAAGUAUGAAGAGGAAAUAAACAAACGCACAACCGCUGAGAAUGAAUUUGUGGUGCUAAAGAAGGAUGUGGAUGCAGCUUAUAUGAGCAAGGUGGAGCUGCAGGCUAAGGUGGAUGCCCUGGAUGGAGAAAUCAAGUUCUUCAAAUGCCUGUAUGAGGGGGAGAUUGCUCAGAUCCAGUCCCACAUCAGUGACACGUCUGUCAUCCUGUCCAUGGACAACAACCGGAACCUGGACCUGGACAGCAUCAUUGCUGAGGUCCGCGCCCAGUAUGAGGAGAUCGCCCUGAAGAGCAAGGCGGAGGCCGAGGCGCUGUACCAGACCAAGUUCCAGGAGCUCCAGCUGGCAGCUGGCCGACAUGGAGAUGACCUCAAACACACCAAGAAUGAGAUCUCGGAGCUGACCCGUCUCAUCCAAAGACUGCGCUCGGAGAUUGAGAGUGUGAAGAAGCAGUGCUCCAACCUGGAGACGGCCAUUGCUGAUGCUGAGCAGCGGGGGGACUGUGCCCUCAAGGAUGCCCGAGCCAAGCUGGACGAGCUGGAGGGUGCCCUGCACCAGGCCAAGGAGGAGCUGGCCCGGAUGCUACGCGAGUACCAGGAGCUUCUGAGCGUGAAGCUGUCCCUGGACAUUGAGAUCGCCACCUACCGCAAGCUGCUGGAGGGCGAGGAGUGCAGGAUGUCUGGAGAGUACACCAACUCUGUGAGCAUCUCGGUUAUCAGCAGCUCCACAGCCGGGACUGCAGGUGCAGGCACUGGCUUUGGGUUCGGCAAUGCCAGCACCUAUGGCUACCGAUCCAGCUCUGUUGGCGGGGGCCAUGGCCUGUUGUCCGGGGGCUGUGUCACGGGCAGUGGGAACUGCAGCCCCCGUGGAGAGGCCAGGACCAGGCUGGGGAGUGCAAGUGAAUUCAAGGAACCCCCAGGGAAGACCUCAGCUCUGACUCCACCUGCUAAGAAAACCACAAGAUGA